CUAAAUUAUAUCUGAAAAUUUGAUCGACAUUGGUUGAAGGAAAGAAUAUUUUUUCUCAGUCUGAAUUACCGUCGGUCAGGUUAAAAGUUGCGACAUUUUACGCGCGGCCAUGUGACGUCAUUAGUUGUGUACAUGUUGUCCUGGGCCCUUGACAAUAUGGCGUCCACGCGUAGUAGAGUGAGUGGAAAAUUUUGCGUAGCUGGCGGCCCAGGGAACGUCAGCUGCACAAACAAUAGUCAAACCCAAAACAUUUCUAUGCACAUGUUUCCCUCUGACGAAGUUGUACGCCGAAAAUGGACUAAAUUUGUACAGAAACAUCGGCCAACUUUCAAGCCUUCAAAAAGUUCAGUUUUGUGCUCUGUACACUUCACCGACGACUGUUUCUCAAGAAGAGCAGAGUUACUUGGAAAUGAAGCUUCAAACUUCAUAACCAAAAGACAUUUAGUAAAAGGAUCAGUCCCAUCUGUUGACACUGCCAUCACGCCAAUUACUUGUAAUAGUUUGUCUCGACGUGACAAGAAAAAGAUAAUUGAGAAUGCACUCAAGGUUACAAGUGAUGUCGAUUCAACGGUAGAGUGUGUGGAGUUCUCAAAACCCAACGAAGCAAAAAUCCCAGUUACAAGCAAAAUGACAGUGUGUUCGCAUUGUUCAAAGAGGGCAAAGCUGCUGCGAAAUGUGCAGAAAAAUAAUCAUUAUCUUAGGAGAAAAAUUCGCCAGUUGAAAGAGAUAAGCAGCAAAAAUUGUGACGAUGGAGAAAGUACAGACUCGAUCGGGAGUACAGAAACUUCCGACNAAUUCGCAUACUUGGAAACGCACAGUAAAAGCGGCUACACAACUAAUGACGUCACUCGGCACCAGUCCCUUGACUACGAUUUUUACAAAAACUAG